UACAACAGAAAGGCGGAGGGAGCUUCAGUUUGGUAUUCUUCCCCUUUAAAAACUAUGCAGCCCUAGCGGUGGUGGUAUUAUCUGGGCUCCCUGGAAAAGGGAGAAAAAAAGUCUGCGGAGAGAGAGGGAGAGAGGAGAGAUCAUGGCGGCACCUCUCGGACGGGACACUCUACCUGAUCACUGGUCGUACGGAGUUUGCAGGGAUGGCCGGGUCUUCUUUAUUAAUGAUAAAACUCACAGCACUACUUGGCUACAUCCACGCACUGGUGAGCCUGUUAACUCGGGACACAUGAUCCGCUCAGAUCUGCCGAGAGGAUGGGAAGAGGGCUUCACGGAAGAAGGAGCCAGCUACUUCAUCAACCACAACCUGAGAGCUACAUCGUUUCGGCAUCCUGUGACUGGACAGAUUUCCCCAGACAACACAGAAUACACACUACAAAACAGGUUAGAAUCCCGUAUGUCCAAGUCAGCGGCCAAUCAGAGAUCUCCCGGCAUGGUCACAGAGUCCCCCAAGGCUGUGACCACAGCAGCAGUGGAUGUCACCUCAGGGUCAAAGGGCUCCAGAGGUUCGGGGAAAGUUCACAGUUUUGGCAAGAGGGAUCAGGCUAUUAAAAGAAACCUCAACAUCCCAGUGGUAGUAAGAGGCUGGCUCUACAAACAGGACAGCUCUGGAAUGCGGCUGUGGAAACGGAAGUGGUUUGUUUUGUCGGACUACUGCUUGUUUUACUACAAAGACAGCCGAGAGGAAACGGUGCUCGGGAGCAUCCCUCUGCCCAGUUAUGUCAUCGCACCGGUUGAGCCUGAUGACCACAUUAACCGCAAAUAUGCUUUCAAGGCAGAACACUGCGGGAUGCGGACAUAUUUCUUCAGUGCGGACACGCAGGAGGACAUGAAUGGCUGGAUCCGGGCCAUGAACCAGGCUGCGCUGAUGCAGCAGAGUCACACUAUAAAGAGAGAUGUAGAGAAGGGUGCACAACAGGCAGUCCCACAAACCAACCAUGUCCACAUCAACCAGAACUCAUCACGGUCAGAAAGCAUUCAUAGGACGGACAGGGAUGAACCUCAGGAUAACGGUAUCAGACUGGCUCACGGAGAAGAGGUGAGGUAUGGAUUAGAGCUCCAGGGGAAGCCCAGCCAGUCUGCCCCACAGGAAAGAUUAGAGAGACUGUCUCCAGACUCCGUCAAUGGUGCCGCUCACAAGAACGGACAGCAGACUGUAAUCCAAGUGGCUCUGCCGCCAGAACAAAAUGGAAAUCUUGUCUAUCAAAGGAGUUUUGUUUCACGGACGGACACGGAGAAACAUGUGCACAUGCAGAGGAAGAACACGCUGGCUCAGGUUGAGCACUGGGUCAAAGUUCAAAAAGGGGAACCGUCAAAGAGUGCUCCCUCUGCUGAGUACAACCUUCCUCGGCGGACUCCUCCUCUAAAACCCAAAUCCAGCACAGCAGAUGUCACCUAUCAAUCAUUGCCAAAGUCUCCUCGUCUCCCGUCUGGCAGCAGCUCUCCUCCAGCGACAUGCAACCUGCCCAGUGACUAUAAGUACGCCCACGACCGACUCAGCCACUUCCGCAUGUCCACCGACGAGCGAAUGGCCACCAAGGAGGGGAUGGUGUGGCAGCUGUACGAGUGGCAGCAGCGGCAGCAGUUCCGUCACGGCAGCCCCACCGCUCCCGUCUACACCGGCCCCAACUUCACGGACUCCUCGUCUUUCAGAGUUACCGUGGAAAUGCCACGCUCAAUUUCUGUCCCUCCAUCACCAUGUGAAGUCCCACCAUCAGUCCCCUCCUCCUUCAAACCCCUCUCCCCACGCAGGCCACACACACCCUCAGACAGACGCACAGUCCGGCCCCUGGAUGAGGUGGCACCGGGGGACAGCACAAGGUCGAGCUCCCCUGGCCACAUCUGUGCCCAUCUUUCUCAGACCUCCCAAAUAGAGAGACGAUCCGUGCCAUCCAUGGGCUACAUCACACACACCGUCAGUGCUCCCAGCUUGCAUGGCAAAACGCCAGAGGAGCUGACUCUGCUCCUCAUUCAGCUACGGAGGCACCAGGCCAAGAUGGCUGGUGUGCAUAGCCCCAGCAGUGCGUUCGCUCACCUGCAGAACCACCAGCACAACGGCCUCCUUGGCCCCAGCAUGCAGGCUGAUGAUACUUACAUACAACUGAAGAAGGACCUGGAGUAUCUAGAUCUGAAGGUGGGCCCCAACAAAGUUACUGGACGUGAGAGUUUAAAAAAAGAAAGACCAUCAAGGCCUGUGAAAAUAGCAGAAAGUGAUGCCGAUGUGAAAUUAAGUCGACUGUGUGAACAAGACAAGAUUCUCCAGGAGUUAGAGGCCAGCAUACGCACUCUAAAGGAGGACAAGGACAAGUUGGAGUCUGUGCUGGAUGUUUCCCACCAGCAGAUGGAGGAGUACAGAGAUCAGCCGGCUCACGCUGAGAAAAUUGCCUAUCAGCAGAAAUUACUACAAGAAGAUGUGGUCCACAUCAGAGCUGAAAUAUCCCAAGUCUCCACAGAGAUGGAGAAUGCAUGGAACGAGUACAGUCGCCUGGAGAGAGAUGUGGACUGGCUGAAGUCUGCCCUGCAGGGACAGAUGAACCGCAGUGAUCUUACUCAGCAAGAAAAAGUCCAGAUCAGAAAGGAGCUGUGGAGGAUUGAAGAUGUCAUCGCAGGCCUCAGCACCAGUAAAGCCAACUACAAAGUCACUAUCUCCUCUGUUACCAACCCAGAGAGGAAAUUUGUGCCUUCAGUGUCGGUGUCAUCAGUGCCUUCUGUGUCUGGGAGCCCGUCUGCUAUGGAGAUGAGAUUGUCCCAGCAGCAGCAGCAGCAGCAGCAGCAGCACAGCCCCCACCUCAGCCCCAGCAGCCACACCCCCACGCUUUCUUGCAGCCCCAGCCAGCAGCCAUUACACCACUCUGCAACCAUCAUCAGUGGGCUUAAAUGGAGUGAGGAAGAUGUGCCUCCCAGACCUCCUCUACCUCAGCUCUACAGUCCUGAUGAGCAUCCCCCUGCUGUGCCUCCGUUGCCCCGGGAGACAACAGUCAUCCGACACACCUCCGUACGCGGCCUCAAACGCCAGUCAGACGAACGCAAAAGGGAUCGAGAGAUUGGCCAGUACACAAAUGGAGACAGUAAGGUGGAACUUCGGCCUUUCCUGAGCGAUCCAGAGCUCAGAGCAGGAGACGGCUCCAGCCACAUCAGUAUUGUAGCAUCUGGGCAUGAUGGAGGUUACCAGACGUUACCUAGCAGAGGAAUGGCUGCCUCCUCAUUUAGAGUAAAUCAGUCUUCAAGCAUCUCCUCAUAUGUGACUCUCCGAAGAUCAACCUCAGCAGCCGGCAUGAAGGAGAGACCAAAAAGUGCCUUGGAGCGUCUGUACUCUGGGGACUCGGCACAGCAGCAGCAGCAGAGGGGGAAGAUGAGCGCUGACGAGCAGCUCGAGAGGAUGAAGAGACACCAGAAGGCCCUCGUCCGCCAGCGCAAACGCACUCUGAGUCACGGAGACCGCCAUGCCUCUUCAUCGUCGCGCAGCUCGUCCUCGCGCCCGCUCUCGGCAGACUUGGGAUCAUGGAAGCGAGAGCAGGACUUUGACCUGCAGUUGCUCGAGAGGGCCGUUCAGGGGGAAGAGGCUCAGGGAGUUAGGAGUGUCCAGGGGGAGGAAAGACCUCCCGAGCACAAAGAGAGACCCCGCUCACACUCUGAUGAAUGGCUGACCUUCCGCUCCAUGACUACAACCCCUCCCGCCCAUGAGGUCGACCUGGAGCCGCUGGACUAUGACCUGGACCUCAACAAAGAGCUAUCCAAGCCUCAGAAAGUGUUGAUUCCGGAGCGCUACGUGGAUUCAGAGCCGGAGGAGCAGCUCAGCCCUCAGGAGGUGGAGGAACGUCAUCGUAAGGUGGAGCGCAUCAAGAGCAUCUUGGCAAAGUCCAGCGUGCAAAACCUCACGCCAGCGGUGUCUGUGGACAAGCCAGACGUCGGGCUAGUGGCGCUCGAUUCGGCUCUGCAGGAGCAGGAGAGGAUCAUCACCAUGUCCUACGCUUUGGCCUCAGAGGCUUCGCUGAAGAGCAAACUAGUCACAGUCCCACCGCCUCCUCCGCCUCCCCCUCCUCCUCCUCUUCCUCCUCCUCCGCCGCCCCCUCCUCUUCCUCCCGUAUCUCUGGCGCCUCCUUCUCCUCUUAACAACGGAAUUCACUACACAUUUGUCUAAUCUGAGAAACAAACUCAAGCAAUUUCUGGACACUGAGGUGCUAUUCCACAACAAACCCCUGGAUUCUUCAAGAAAAGAGGAUUUUGUUUGAUUUGGGACAUCUUUAUAUACAGCAAUAGAGAAAAAAAUGGUAGUAAACGUUUAACUUUGCUCUCUGAGGCUCACGCAGCGUCGAUUCGUUAAAAUGUUUUUAGCAGUUGGAAGCGAGUUUCCUGAGAAAAACUGAAGACUUUGCAACGGGAGCUGCUGUGCUUAUUAACUAUGGAAGUGUCUAACAAAUGUUACCCUCAUAAUAAUAAUAAUAAUAAUAAUAAUAAAGCGUAUUUUCUACAAGUUAUUGCACUUUGAAUUCUACACUGUAUCAUAUUUUCAAGAUGUGACUGAAUUGCUUUUUCUUGCAGUGUGAUCUUUUUUUUUCUCAUCAGGUACAGAAUGUUCAGAACAAGAGGUACGAAAUGAUGUGUCAUUAUAAUAGUAUUUUUGUCGAUACUCAGAUAAUAUUCUUACACCAAACUCAUGUGUACCUGUAGCACUGCCAGUCUCCUUUAGGCUUGCCAAAAUGAAUUUUAUUUUUGCUUACAUCAGGACAAAAAUAACCUUUAACAUAUUUUUUUGUGUGACUUGGGGAGGUUGGGCAAUGGAAAUUUAUAAAAAUGUGAAUAUUAAAGAUAUUAACACAG